AUGCGUGGGUUCCCACCGCCCCCACCAGCUUUCCAGCAAAGGAAGCACAAAAUCCUUGAGCAAUUGUCGACUCCAGAUGCGGACUACAACGAUGCCUCGCCCAAGGGAUCGGUGGACGUUGGGAUACGCGAUUUGAUCGAUAAGAUCAAUAGCCUGGAUGGGUUUGUGACAACCAGCAGCUGCGCGGGGAGGGUGAGCGUCUUUGUAGAGGGCAGGAAGAGCGGCGAGAAGAACGUGGUGGACAAUGAAGAGGAUGCAAGCGGCAUGGCGUCAAAUAAUUUGGCUGGAGUGGGGGGAAAAGGGGGAGGAGGAAAAUGGUUGUUUGUGUCGCACGAUCCGGUUGAUGUUGGUGGUGAAGGUGAAAAUGGUGACGUGGAGAAGUUGCUAGGAUUGAAAAGCGGCGAUAAGGAGUCGACGCAAGAACGCUUGCUGGAGAGUGACGCGGCUAGAUUGAUUCACUUCAAGUUCGAACCUAUGAUCCUCCACGUGCUCACCGCAUCGCCCGAGCAUGCCCAACUCCUCCUAAGAUGCGGACUCCAAGCUGGCUUCCGAGAGAGCGGUGCCAUAAACUUGACCUCCGCGCGCGAUGAGCCCGUCACCCCCAUCGUGGCCAUACGGUCGAUGGGUCUUGCCUUGGAGUCGAUAAUCGGCGUCCAAGUGGGGGAUGAUAUACAGCCAACGGUUUCUUCAAGUUACUUGCAAGACUUUCUCCGCAUCUCCGGCGAAAGGUUUGUUGAAAAUACCAAGAGAAUCGGAAGAAUCCGCACCGGUAUCUUGGAGGCUACCUCGGCGCCCACGAAGAAGGAUGGCACAAAAUGGGAAGAUGCGGCUUCACGACGGGAGAGAAAGAAAGCAGAGGGGCUGAGACGGAAGGCCGAGUUGCAGGCUCAGGAGCAGCAAGGGAACGCGGCAGUAGAAAAUGAAGCUCUAGACUUGCCCCUGAAAACGGGCUUCACAUAG